UGUUGUUUGUUGACAUUUUUAACAAACAACAAACAAUAUAGUGUAAAAAUAAUAAAUAAUAAAUGCAGUAAUAAUCAGUAAUAAUGUAUGAAGAGGAUAGUAAUUUUAAUAAUGAAAAUUAUAAUAUAUCAAAUAGAUACAAAACAGUUAGAAAAAGACUUGAUAGUUUAGGCUAUAAAUAUCCAUUAUCUGUUGACACAUUACCACUUGUAGAACAACUUUUAAUUGAUUUUAUACAAACAACUGAAAGUCUUAAACACUUUAAAUUAAUUGCACAAAAUAAAAUUGACUCAAGCAGUCAACAAGACAUUUUAAUUGAUCCUUACAAGUGUGACAACACAAGACUUUUAAAAGAAUGUAAUCAGCUUCAUUCAGAUAUAAUUGAAUCAAAACAAAUACAUUUAAAACAAACAAAAGAAUUUAAAAAAAAAAUAAAUAAACUUGAAUCUGAAUGUAAUGAUCUCCAAUUGGCAUCAUCAAGAAAUUUAAAAAGAAUUAAAGAUUUAGAAUUUGAAUCAUCAAAUAAAUCAAAAAGAAUACAAGAAUUAUUAGGUAAAUGUUGUAAACCAACAAUAAGUAAUGUUGGAAUUUCUGUUAAAAGAAAAAAUUGUUAUCCAUUGAGAAAGCCAGUUUUUACUGGUGAAGCAUUACCUGGUGAAUUAUUAAAAGGCCCAUCAAUAUCAACAUCAACAUCAUUACCAAGUAUUAGUCAGCUAAAUAAAGAUACAAUAAAUAUUGUUAACAUGGCUGAUAGAAAAAUAAUGUCAUUGAAUCAGGAAGUAACUAAACUCAGAGGAGAAGUAUCAAUACACGAAGAAACAAAUCAUACACUUCAAACACAGCUAGCUUUGAAGGAAAAAGAAGUAACACGUCUUCGUAAAUUAUUAGAAAAUGGUCGUACAUAUGUUGGAACAUCAAAAGAAUCAUCAACAUAUAAAAAAACAAUAAAUAAUAAUUGUUCAUGUUCAACAGAUUACAAUGAAAUAAAAAUACUUCAACAAGCCAAAUUAAAUCUUGAACAACAAUUACGUGAUGCUCUUGAUAAGCAACAUGAUGCAAUGUCAAAAGCUAUGAAAUUAGCUGAUAAAAAUGAAGAAUUAGAAAAAGAAUUACGUGAUAUUGAUCAUAUUGCAUUGGCUGUUGAGGCUGAUUGUAAUACAACUGUUAAAGAAAAUAAUAAACGAGUCAGUGAAUUACAAGAAAAAAUUGAAAAUAUGUCUGUAAAAAUAAACGAUCUUAAGGCUAAUUUAUUGGAAGAAAAACGUGCAAGUCAAGAACUCAGAGCUGAAUUUGAAGCUUGUAAAAUGGAAAAAAGAAAUAUACAACGUAUACUUGAUUCAACUGUUGAUGAUAAAAAACAACUUACUGAUAAAAUUAAUCAAUUUACAUUGAUUGAACAAACAUUAAACGGUGAAAUUGAUAAACUUUCAAGACAAAAUGAAACACAAAAAGAUGAAAUAAUGCAAUUGGAAUCUGCUGUGAGUUCAUUAAAAACACAAUUGAAUGGACAAAAGAGACCAUUUACUCCUGUUAACAACAAAGACAUUGAUGAAAACACAAAAAAAUUACUCAACGAAAAAGAUGAAUUAAUUGUAAAUCUUCAAAAAGAAAAAGAUCAUUUUAGAAAUGAAUUGGAUAAAUUUAAAAAUCAACAAAGUAAUAGCACAAAUAAUGUAGAAUUAUGGAGUCAAGUUCGUGAAUUGAAUUAUCAAUUAAGUGAAAAAGAACGUCGUAUUACAGAAUUACAAAGAGAACAACGUGAUAAAUAUAACAUUGAUUCACGUACACAAUCAAGUAGAAGUCGUAAUUCUUGUGAUAUUUGUGUUAAAUGUCGUUCAGCUGGUUCUUGUAUAUGUCGUCCAACUACACCUACUGAAAAUGGUGGACUAUCAAAGAUUGCUUUGACUCGUCUUGAGAGAGAUAGAGAUUCAGCACGUUUAGACGUUGAAAGAUUAACAGAAGAACGAGAUGUACUUAGAGAAAGGCUCAAGAUUGCAACUAGUACACAUACAAGUGAACAAAGACGUUUAAAAGAUAAUUUACAUGAAUUAGAAUUACGAUUGGCAGAAACUGAAAGAGAAAAAAAUGACAUAUUACAUUCACAAGGAUCAAGAAGAUCAGCAAUUUCUGGACUGGAAAAUGAUGUUCAAGAAGCUCGAGAAGAAUUAAGAAGAACUAAACAAGAAUUAUCAACUCAAAGAACUCAAUAUUUUCAAUUAAGAACACUUCAAGAUCAAACUGAUCAAGCGCUUGGUGAUGUACAAAGUCAAUUAAAUCAAUCAAAAUCUGAAUUACAAAAAGCAAUUGAUAAAAAUCGUUGCUUAGAACAAAAACAUUUACAAUUUGAUAAUCAAAUUAAAGAACUUAAACAAGAAAUAAAUACUUUACGUUCAAAUAUGACACGUUUAGAUCAAGAAAAAGAUGAGCUAUUGAUGGAGCUUGAUAUUAAAACUGAAAAAAUAGCAACACUAGAACGUGAAAUUUCUUUAUAUGAAAAACAAGGAAUUAAUGUUGAGCAACAAAUACGAGAUCUUCAACAUAAAAAUCAAUUAUGUAUAAGUACAAGUGCUGAUCAAGAACGACAACUUCGUUCAAUGCAAUUGGAAGUUGAAAAUAAUCAAAGACAAUUAGCAGCAGCUUCAGCUGAUCGUGAUAAUGCAGCUCAAGAAAAUCGUAGAUUACAAGAUGACAUGGCUGCAGUUACAUGUGAAAUUAAAACUCUACAAAGAGAACUUGAAGCAUCAAGAAUUGAAUCACAUGAUUUAAAAAGACAAUUACAAACAUAUGUAAGUGAAGUUAGACGUGCUGAAGAUUUAUUAAAUCGUAAAGAAAAUGAAAGAACAGAAAUGCUUAAUCAUUUUCGUAGUUUAAGUCUUGAAGCAACUGUACUUGAAAAUAAUAAUCAUAGUCUUGAAUCAGAAGCAUCAGAAGCUCGUUCAGCAUUACAAUGUACAAAAGAUCGUUUACAUGAUAUUGAAAGACAAUCAGCAGAUAAAGAUUGUUUAAUACGUGGCUAUGAAUCACAAAUACAUGAGCUAACACAAACAGUUGCUAGUUUAGAGCUACAAGUACGUCAACAAUGUGAACAAAAAUCAAGAACAGAAACUGAUUUAAAUGCACUACGUAAUCUUGCUGUACAGCUUGAUCAACAAAAAGAUAAUUUAAUAAAAGAACUUAAUGAAAAAGAAGUAUUAUGUGCACGUUAUGAAACUGAAAUAUCACAUUUAAAAACUGAACAAAAUAUGAUACAAGAUCAAAUAACAAGAGACAAUGCAGCUGUUUGUAGAUUAGAAAAAAUGUUAGAACAAUCAAGACAUGAAUGUAUGGAAACACAAACAAUUAAUCAAGAAUUACAAAAUGAAAUUUCAAGAUUAAAAGAAAGAGUAUGUGAAUUACAAAAUAGGCUUUCAUCUGAAACAGCUGAGCUAAGAAGAUAUCAAAAUCAAGCAGCUGAGUACAGUAAACAAAUAAGUGAACUCAGAAAACAAGUGACAAAUGAACGUUUUGAUAGAGCCAGAAAAGAAGAAGAACAUCGAAGAAAUUAUUCAUCAAUUGGUGAAUCUGGUAAUUGUCCUGAUGAUUGUGGAUCACCACCACCACCAAUGCCAUCCCUUUCCACAAAUCCUACAGUUCGUUUUGAUUCAUCAAACUCAAAUCCAACAACAUCACACAGAUACAAUCAAACAAUGGGAAUAGACAAAUUACGAUCAAUGCCAGGACAACGUCAUCAUAGUACAUUAGAUCCAAAAAAUACAAAUAGAUUUACAUCGUCAUCGUCAUCAUCACCUGGUGAUACUCACAAAGAUACACAAAUGAUGGAGCAACAACUAGAGUAUAUUCCAGAGAUGAUAAAUCUUCCAGAUGUCCAUGAUAUAAGCCUUAAAAGUAUAUCAAUUAAUAGCUGUAAUCCACUGUGUGUCAAGGCAACUCUACAAGAGGAUGAAAAAUACAAAGAUAUUAAGCUAAAAAUUGCUACUUGUGUUGAUGAUAAAAGCCAAAAAUCAUCUGGUAAUUUAAAAGUUUGUAAUCGUAAUAUUUGUCAGGCAUUUAUUGAAAAUUCAUCAUUGCUGAAUACACUAAAUGAUAAUGAUGAUAAUGAAGAUAAUGUUAAGAAAAAAGUUAAUGAAAAUUUAAAGGAUAAAAAAAAACUAAAAAAUUAUAAUAAUGAAAAAAAAGGUGUAGAUGAUUAUAAAAAGUGUGGUUGUGGUUAUGGUAAGAAUGAGAAAUUGAAUAAAUGUCCAAAUGAUAAAACAUUAAAUUAUAGUUAUAAAAAAAAUGAUGAUAAAUAUAAAUUAUCACGUAUAUAUAAUAAAAGUACAAAUGAUGAUGAUGAUACAAUUGGCAAUGAAAUAACAACAUCAAUAUAUUCAGAUGAUGAAACAAUUGAUCCACUCAAUAUGACACAUCCAGAUUUUAUAAAUAUGCUUGUUAAUAUUAGAGAUGAUGCUAAAACAUUGGAUCAAAAUUUAUCAACAAUGAAUCAAAUGAUGUUGAAUGAUUUGGUGGGUCAAAAUAUUGAAUCUGAUAAUGAUGAGAGAUUUGAUAAAGUAACAUAUGAAAGAAUUGAACGAGUUGAAAGUAUAACAGAUACAAAUAAUAAACCAUCAACAUCUAAAAAUAAUAAUUCAUCAUUAUCUAAAACUGAUGACAAUGAAAUUGUUCACGAAAAAGUUAAACAAAAAUCGUUGAAUUGUUUUAAAAGUAAAAUAAAAAAACCGCAAUUAAUAUUGAGAAGAGAAAAAUCAUAUGUUAAUGAUGGUACAAAUGAUAAAAUAAUUCAUGAAAAAUCAGUCAUUGAUAUUGAUGAUUCAAAACGUGGAAAAUUAAAAAUAACAUCAACUCCAAAAAAAAAAUUACAAGAUGAUGAAAGAGCGCAUAAAAAUAUACAAGAUAAACAAGCAUUGAAAAAGAAAUCAUCAUCGCAAAAUCAUACGUCAUUAGACAAUGAGCCAAAUAAAAAAAAGCCAAGAUUUGGUGGAACUUUAUUGAGUAAAAAUUCAGCUAAAAAAAAUGAUAGGAAAAUGGCAGCUAGUGUUUCUAGUAAAUCUGUUGAUCAACAUAGCUUUCAUGAUCUUCCUGAGGAUAAUGAAAUAACUGGUUUUUCAACAACAGAAAGAACACUUGGUUCAUAUCGUUGUGCAGAAACAUCUGGAGCCAGUACUUCGAAAAGACAAUCAUUAUUUAAUAGCAAAAAUUGUCAAUCACCUUGUUCAAAGAUUAAAAAAAAUGCUAGUUAAUUAGUAAAUUAGUAUAAUAAGAUUAAUUGUUUUUUUUUUUUUUUUACUUUUUGAUACUGAUAAUAUUAAUUUGAUUAAAUAA